AUAAGGACAGAAGAUAAACUGCAGCGUGCUGAAGACGUCCACAUUUACUGUUGGUUUGCUGCGGUGCCAUCUUGUCAGAAAAUGUUCUCUAGAAUUGUCCUACUGGUCCUACUCGGGUCGCUGUCCUCGGUCUAUGGCGCUGCCAGUUUACCGACCUUGAAGGUAGACAAAAGUGCCAUCUCCGUGUCUGGAAUCUCGUCCGGUGCCGUCAUGGCUGUCCAGUUUCACGUGGCGUUUUCCUCAGAGAUCAUGGGAGCCGGCGUCAUAGCUGGAGCACCGUUCCUGUGUCAGCCUCAGGCCGCCUGUAUGACCACGCCCAGCCUCCUCUCGGCCGUGGAGUUCCAUGGCCUGACCGCCUCAGCCAGAAUGUUCCUCAACAUCGACUCCACGUUUAACAUGGCUAAGGACAAGAUCUGGAUCUUCGCUGGUACCCAUGACAACGUCGUCAAACCAGCUGCCGGCGCUCUGGUUCGAGAUUAUUACAGCCUCUAUGUGGACAGCCAGUCUCAAAUCCGAUUGGUAAACAAUAUCAAUGCAGCACAUGGCCAGCCUACCAACAACUAUGGCGGAAGCUGCGGCGACCUUCACCUUGACAACUACAUGAACAACUGCGGCUACAGCGCGGCCUACAACCUCCUCAACUUCAUCUACGGCAACCUAAGGGAACCCAGUGCUAGCUAUGUGGCUACCGGUGACCUUCAACUAUUUGACCAAAGUGCCUUCACCACCUAUAGUGCUCACAUGGACACUGUGGGCUACGUCUAUGUACCCACUGGCUGUAAGGACAGAACUAAAGCAUGCAAGCUUCACAUAGCAUUCCAUGGUUGCCAGAUGGGCAGAGAACGUAUCGGUGACGUCUACGCCCGACACUCCGGUUACAACGAGGUGGGGGAGAUGAAUGACAUCAUCAUCCUGUACCCCCAGGUCGUCGUGUCUGCCCUCAACCCCAUGGGAUGCUGGGAUUGGUUCGCCUACACGGGCAUUUAUUACGCUUUCCAUUCAGGCCCACAGAUGAGGUCCGUCCAUGACAUGAUGACCCAUAUUUCAGGGUGACCAGUCACGUGAUCAGGGUUCAAGUUACAUGAGUCAUCAUAUGUUCACCAGCGUAUUUAUUGGAAACAAAAUAAAACUAAAAUGUAUAUAUGCCAACUA